AUGUCCACAAACGAACAACUAUCGGCUAGGAAUUCCUCUGAGAGUGAUCGUGAUCAUCAGGAGGAGCAUAGCCCAGAGAAGCAGGAUGAGUCGAGGGGCGUGGUGGGGGAGGCCGCUCCAGUCGACCAUCGAGUCAUUUUUGAGCGGAAGGCCGCACUCUUGAAUGCUGAGAUCGAUAAAUUUGGCUUUGGCAAAUAUCAAUGGUGCAUUUGGAUGUUGUGUGGCUUGGGCUAUUUUGUUGAUUUGGCCUGGGCACAGGGUGUGGGUUUGAUGGCCACCGCAGUGUUAAUUGGUGCCUUUGGAUUUGGUGUACUCACCGAUAUCAUCGGACGAAAAUGGGCGUUUCAAAUUACAUGUCUGAUAGCAUCAGUAUUUGGCAUGUUACUGGCCGCAUGUAAAGAUAACUAUGGUGCGAUCUGUGGGAUUUACUUCCUUUCUUCGAUCGGUUUGGGAGGGAAUGUUCCAAUCGAUGCAACUAUUGCCCUCGAGUUCCUGCCACAGAACCGUCGCUACCUGGUAGCCCUGCUGGGAAUGUGGCAGCCAAUUGGUGUGGUAGUUGCCUCAGCUAUUGCAUAUGCUACGGCUGCUCGUUAUCGAUGCGAUGUCAAGCUGCCUUCUUGCUCGGCCGUUAACUCUGGUACCGCUUGCUGUACCGUGUCAAGCAAUAUGGGCUGGAGAUACAUGGUGAUAAUUAUCGGCACUAUGACCCUUACCAUCUUUUUUGCCCGAUAUCUCAUUUUCAGAUUUCACGAAUCCCCAAAGUUUCUCGUCAGCAAGGGACGUGAGCAAGACGCUAUCGAUGUUUUGCACAAAAUCGCGAAGUUUAACGGUGCCGAGCCACCCACAUUGACUAUGGAAGACUUCCAGCAGAUUGAUCGCGCAGCUUGCGUUAACCACAGACAGCCAAUCGGCGAAAGAAAUACUAAAACUGUCAUUGUUGGUAUUUUUAAAAGUCUUGGUUUCCUCCAUGGUCUCUUCGCGGAUAAGCUUCAAUGCUUUAGCUUUGUGCUCCUUGGCAUUGCAUACAUGGGCAACUACUGGUCAUUCAAUUUAGCUGGCUACUUCCUACCAAUCGUCCUUCUCAACAACAAUGUGGACAGCGGUGCAAACAAUGUCACUGAGACAUACCGGGAAUACGUGUACAUUUAUCUCCCGGGUAUCAUCGGCGCCGUUUUUGCCCUCAUCUCCAUUCAAAUGCCCCUAUUCGGUAGGAAAUGGUCUCUCGUCAUCUCAGCCACCUUGCAGGGUGUUUCCAUGGCCAUGUAUACCCAAGUUGAAAACACUGCUGGAUAUGUCGGGCUCAAUGCUCUUGAGUAUAUUAUGCAGAGUUACUUUAAUGCUGUUCUCUAUUCCGCUUCUCCGGAGAUGUUUGACACCAGUUAUCGGGCCAGCGCUAGUGGCAUGUUAUCUUGCCUUGGCCGGAUUGCCGGUAUUGUUGCCCCAUUUGCAGGUCAGAAAUACAUUGCUACCGGUAGAGCGGGUGUACUCUGGCUGGGCGCAGGUGGGAUUUGGGUUUCAGCUCUUCUCAUGUGCUUCCUUCCGAUUGAGAUGAGGAACAAACAGAUGUAUUGA